AAAUCGAUCGGCGGAGAGGACAGGUUUUGCGAGCUGGAGCAACAGACUGCGUGUGUCUAGGUGUGAAAUACCCCAGUAGCAACGCAGCCAACGUAGUCCGGCGCUUCAGGGCUCAAGGUCAUACAAUUUGCAUAACUCCUAUUCCGGUGGCAGCCUUAUAAAAACCGGUUACAAACACUACAGCUAAAAUAGAAUAAGUACCCAGGGAUGAACUACUCUAAAUUCACUGUGAAGAAGUGUGACAUGACGGAUGAGAUGCGGGACAUGGCUCUGCAAUUGUUUAAUGAAGCAAUUGAAAAGUGUGACAACGAAAAGGAUAUCUGCUCUUACCUAAAAUCAGGGUUCGACAAAGAAUACCAGCCCACUUGGCACUGUAUUGCAGGACGGGACUUCGCAAGCCAUGUUACCUACGACCUUCAAAACUACAUCCACUUCACGCACGACAACCUCAGCGUGUUGCUGUACCGCUGUGGCUAACUGAGAGAGCGACCAGAGGAGUGAUUUUGCUCCGGAUGUUGUAUUUGUCCGGAAAGAUAGUACCAUGCUCAAUAUUUUUCUUCAUACCUUUUGCAUAAAUGCAAUACUCCAAAGCAA